CUUUCCUUCAAUUGCUUUUCUUCGUAUUUAAUGUGUGGACCCGUUUUUGGUGGUGAGUUUAUGGGUGCUCCAUGAAACUUACAUUAAGCUUUAUUCGCUAGCGAGCUUAAUCUUACCUAAAGCCAACAUGUCGUUUGCAUCGCUGGUCCUCAUUUUGGGCAUCUUGCUGAAUGGUGCUAACCUGCUCAUUCAAAUCUUCUUCAUCAUCAUGUUUAGUGAUCUUGAAAUGGAUUACAUCAACCCCAUCGAUUUGUGCAAUAAACUGAAUCGUUUGGUUGCUCCCGAACUCAUGAGUCAUUCUACUAUGACUAUCCUUUUUGCACUCACAGGCCAAUGGAUGCUUACUAUUUUGAACCUUCCUUUACUCAUUUGGAAUGUACGAAGUGUAAUUAACAAGACUCAUAUUCUUGAUGCUACCGAAAUUUUCCGGCAAUUGAACCGUUACAAGCGUGACACCUUUGUAAAGAUUGCCCACUACCUUAUUCUUUUCUUCGUUCUUCUUUACUGCAUGAUCAAAAGUUUGAUUCAAGAAGAGUAAGCAAGCUUGCUUCAUUAUAGAAUUCAAAAUGGCGGAAUUUUUUACUCUUGCAGACAAAAAGAGGUACGAAGAACGAUAUUUUGGUGAAAAAAAAAACACCCGAUAUUUUUGUAAUGGAACGUCCCGCCGUGUUGCGGUAAAAUUAACUUUUUAUCUACAAUCAUUUUACUGAAAAGCUUCUGCAUUUUCUAUCACAUAAGGGAAUUUUGUUUAUUCGUUGCCAAGUUGGUUGAUAUUGUCAUUUACAUGCCUUCCAACGUUUCUCGCAACUCCAGUACUUCAUCGUGAUCAAACGACGGAUGCACUGGUGGAAGUGAUGCUUUGAGCUGUUUCACGUACAUUGCUCCACGGUGAUCUUUUUCGAGAAAAGAAUUCGAAUUAGAGUUGAAUGUCUCUUCGGUGUCACUGUCGUAGCCGAUGGGUCCUCCGCUGGUGGACACAGCGACACCGUGAACCUUUUUCAGCUCUUCAGGAAGCGUAUUUACAUCUGCAGGAAACGCUGGUUUGUCAAGUUGCAGCGAAGGUCCCGAAGGCAUUGAUUUUGGUGCAAGCAAACUGUUAACUUCUUCCAUGUUCGUUCCACGGAAGCAUUGAUACACAGGAGCCAGUGUAUUCGGUAGUGCGGUACCCGAACCCCAUGAGACGUCCCAUCUCUGGAUUAUAGAAGCCUUCUUCGUACCUAGCACAAUUGCAUCCAUUCCGAAUAGUUUGGAAGAUCGGGUAAGAGAAACGACCCUCUCAAUGUCACUCAUCUGCACUCUUUUUUCUCGUGUUAAACGGGUUGGAAGGGUAAAUGUCUCUAGUGCAACACUGGCAAAAGCAGACGUGUGCCAUAUACUUUGGGCCGUUGUAUCUACACAAAUUGGUACAUAUUUUGAAUAUGCGUCUGCCGUGCUUGCCAUGAACAAAGCUUCAUUCAUAAAGUGCUGCUUCGUUUCUUGCAUAACAGUACGCUGUUCACGAAUUCCAAAUAUCCACAAUGGAAUUCGCUCAUCCUCCAGUUCAUCCUGGAUACCACGUAUGUAGGAGGAAGCAUAGCCAGACCAAGCGGAGCACACAUCCAAUGACAGUUGAAAACCUUGGAUCAUAUCGCAAUCCUCAAGCAAUGGACGAAUGGCCGUAUCCCAAACAUAAUGUUCGUCACUAUCGGCAUUCUUUUGUUGAAACGCGUCCUGUCCCGUGAUGAAGGAGUUUGUUGAACAAUCGGCAAACCCUGUUGGCAGCUUGAGUGGUUGUAAAGACCGUGGGUCAUAGUACAGCCUGUGAAAAUCAGACCAACUUGUACAAGCGUUCAAAUCAAUGUCGGCUUUGUUGGUAAUGCCAUUGUUCGCCUGCGCUGGGUCUGUUUCUUGGUCUAGCCAAGCUUGAUAUGGGUGCAAUGGAAGUGGAGGAGCUUCAACGCAGACUGUUUUUCCUGACCAGGUGUUGACGUCCUCAGGGCCUUCACCUGUCUUUCUGUUGUCGUUCUUUGCGUAUCCGAAUAUGUCAAUGUUGUUGUUGUUUUCGACUAUAUCUGGUUGUAAAAGCUUAGAGUUUUUAAUCGUCGUGCCAAAAGCAUCUCUGUCAUCGUAUAUGAGCGUGCGGGGAUGAAAGACAACAUCACCUCCAAUAUUGUUUGUUUUACGUUCGAAGAAAGCUACCUCUCUAUCGAUCUGAGCAUCAUUGCCUUGGUCAAGAUACUUCUCUUGAGCAUUCCAAAAAUGUGUCGACACGAAGUUGGAUUUUCCUCCAAACGCAAAUGAGAGUAUCUCGUGCAUGCCACUCAAACGCUCUCGCACACACAGAUCUGUACAGAUGCGGUGUAAUUCGAGAGUUUUCUGUAGCUCGAUCACGCUCGUUAAAUUUCGCUGUUUCUCAUAAAAUAUCACUAUUUCUUCUCCUCCUCUGUCACAUCACCGCGAUCCUAUGGGCUG